CGACAGGUUUGGUGUAGUAAAUGAGUUACAUUCCAAAGGAUUUAACCUUGACGUAACUGACGAUCAGGGCAAAACUGCUUUGUUUUAUGCUAACGAGAACCACAGCAUGUAUGCGCUUUGUGACUUGAUUACUUGGGGUGCAAAAUUUGAAUUGGAGGAAAUUGAUGGAAGAGCUGCUUUGUUUUUUACUGCUGAAUACGACACGUUUGGUGUAAUUCAUGAGUUGCAUUAUAAAGGACUUAACCUUGACCUAACCGACGAUCAGGGCAAAACUGCUUUGUUUUAUGCUAACGAGAACCGCAGCAUGGAUGCGCUUUGUGACUUGAUUACUUGGGGUGCAAAAUUUAAAUUGGAGGAAAUUGAUGGAAAAGCUGCUUUGUUUUUUGCUGCUAAAAACGACAAGUUUGGUGUGGUAAAUGAGUUACAUUCCAAAGGAUUUAACCUUGACGUAACUGACGAUCAGAGCAAAACUGCUUUGUUUUAUGCUAACGAGAACCGCAGCAUGGAUGCGCUUUGUGACUUGAUUACUUGGGGUGCAAAAUUUAAAUUGGAGGAAAUUGAUGGAGAAGCUGCUUUGUUUUUUGCUGCUAAAAACGACAAGUUUGGUGUAGUAAAUGAGUUACAUUCCAAAGGAUUUAACCUUGACGUAACUGACGAUCAGGGCAAAACUGCUUUGUUUUAUGCCAACGAGAACCGCAGCAUGGAUGCGCUUUGUGACUUGAUUACUCGGGGUGCAAAAUUUAAAUUGGAGGAAAUUGAUGGAAAAGCUGCUUUGUUUUUUGCUGCUAAAAACGACAGGUUUGGUGUAGUAAAUGAGUUACAUUCCAAAGGAUUUAACCUUGACGUAACUGACGAUCAGGGCAAAACUGCUUUGUUUUAUGCUAAUGAGAACCAUAGCAUGAAUGCACUUUGCGAGUUGAUUGGCUGUGGUGCAAAAUUUAAAUUGGAUGAAAUUGAUGGAAAAGCUGUUUUGUUUUUUGCAGCCACUGAUAAUUAUAUGGAAUACGUUGUAAAACCUUUGCAUGACGCGGGCCUUGACCUGGGCGUAACUGAUGACAAGGGUAGGACGGUUGUGUUUUAUUGCGAUCAAGAUUUCCUGCACGCCUUAAUAGCUGUAGAUGAUGUUUUGGUGAAUGCAAGAGAUCGCUAUGGUAGAACUCCAUUGUUUUAUGCUCUUCAGGAUUUCUCCUUAAAAAGAGCCCGGUUCCUUGUUGAGAAAGGUGGAAACCUUGAAUUGCGGGACUACUGCAACGUUAGUACGUUUUCUUUUUUUAUUGAAAACUGUCUUCUCAAGAAAACAAAGGCAUUACAGUCAUUCUCAUCUGAAUUAUUUAAAGAGGAGCAACAACGAAAAGCGUUAAUUAUUGGCAUAUUCGACACUAUCUAUUGUCAAAUUCCACUGCUGUCCGUUCAUGGUUCUUCUCAACUGUCAAAGUUAUACAAGAUUUUUAACAAAUCAAAUAUUUUAGAAGCCUUGGCCUUUGCUCGUAAUUUAUGCGUACUCCACGAUGCUCAAAGUAAAGAAUGUUGACGCGAUAGCUUCCAUGAUCAGAGAAGACAACAUCGAUGUACCGCGUAUUUUAUUUUUGCUCAACAAACUCGGUGCUAAUCCCAACGCUGCAGAUUCAGCGGGAAAUACAGCUGUUCACUUCGCGAGCAUUUUACCACUCUUUGGCGUAACGCAAGAGGCCGUCAUGGAGAUGUGUAAGCAUCUUAGGAAAUAUGGAGCCUUCUUCAACUUAAAGAACCACCAGCGUGAAACCCCGCUGCUAUUUUGUUUGUCAUCAUAUAAUAUGAAAGUGGUUACUUUUGACAAUAAUUCGCUGUCGUCAGUCGGAGGGUUGGUGCAGGUCUGUAAAUUUUUGCUGAACAAUGGUUGUAGUAUUACGGAGACAUCGCAGAGUGCAGAGUCUAUUUUUCAUCGGAUAAAUUCCCUUAUACAACAAGGUCUUGAGCUAAAAGAAAACGCAUCAAGAACGGUCUGUUUACAAGUAAUGAUCGAAAUUUUGAUGUUACUCUCAGACCGGAACGAAGCAGUUGUAAGAAAUGUUGUGAACAGCAUUGAUCUUCAAAUAAAUUCUCCACUCCAUCUUUGGGCGUCUAUUGCGUUAAAGUCACAACAAGAAAAUGGUAACCUAGUGACUGAAGAACACACAUUUGAGAGCUUUCUGCGAACAAUUCUGGAUCACCAUUUGCGAUGUGGAGCAAAACUUAAUCCUCGAAACGGAAAAGAAGAAAUUCCUUUGCAUGUGUGCAAAACGUGGACCACUAUGAAGCUGUUAUUAGAAGCUGGAGCCAACCCAAACGACGUUGAUGCAACAGGACGAACCCCAUUACUUUCUGCAGCUAUGGAUAAAAACCGUCCAAGAAAAACGGGGUUUUUUUAUCCAGAUGUUUCAGAUGACCCAGAGAUGUUUUGGAGAAGUGUCCUAAACAAAGGACUUGAUUUAUGGGUAGCUGACAAGCAGGGAGUGUCUGUUUUGAGCACUCUUAUUGAUUCUGAGGAUUUUGUUCUUACAAAAGCUUUGGUUGAAGUUUCUUGCAAAGAAAAUUACGCCACCGAUGAAGUCAAGCUUUCGUUUUUAAAUGUCAUUUGUAAAGAUAAGUCCAAGCAUCUACUUUGGAAGACUAUUUUGGUUAAAAUUAUUCUAGACUCAAUUAGAACGAACGAUAUUUCUUUGGAUUCGCCUCUUCGUUUUUGCUGUAAGAACAUUAUUGAAUUUGGCCUCUUGGAUGACAAACCCCCUUCUUUGCAAGAAAAUACAAACGACGGACUAAACGAUGAUGAUGGUCAACCACCUUCAAAGAAAAGAAAGAAAAGUGAAUCAUUAGAGAAGGGAGGUGAAGAAAAGCCAAAUGUAGAACGAUUAUGCUCUGAUUCUGUUCAUUGUAAAAUUGUUGAGCAAUUGCUUUUACACGGAGCGGAUAUUCACUUCCACGACUCGUCUGGUAUGUCUUGCCUCGACAUUGCAAAGGAUUGUCCCCCUCUCCAUGACCUGUUGCAAAAACCAGUAGAAAUCGAUACUCUUCCAGUUCGUAUUCCCUGGACGUCCGCUUCGGACAGAUUUAAAGAAAAACUGGCCAAAGUCGCCAGACAGCAAGAAUGUAAAAUACUGGAUCAAAUUUGGUAUCACAAAGAUCCGAUAGGAAGUGGCUCAUUUGGUGAUAUUUUUGCUGGAAUCAAUGAGAAAGACGGUAGGGAAGUGGCGGUGAAACGAGUCGUCAAAUUGCGUAUGCAGCGACGAGAAGAUAAGCGAGAAAUAGAAAAUCUCGCACGUCUUGCUGACUGUCAACAAGUUGUUCGUUAUAUAUCCUUCUUUGAGAACGACGACUUUUCUUUCAUAGUCACGGAGCUAAUGGAAGGAAAUCUUGAAGAGUUUCUGAGUGUUUAUAGUAUUGAUGCCACAAAAGCAACUGCCCUUUGUAAAGAUAUAGUCACAGGACUUCAAUUUAUCCAUGGGCAAAAUAUCCUUCAUCGCGAUCUCAAGCCUCGAAAUAUUCUUUACAAAGAACAUCCAAAGCUUUGCUUCAAAAUUGCCGAUUUUGGUCUAAGCCGUAAUUAUGAGAAGGAGUCUACUACUUCAGUGUAUGGUACACUUGCUGGUACAAGAUGUUGGAUGGCACCUGAAGUGUUAAAGGACAAGAAUUGUUUCCAGGAAACAUCAGACACUUUUGCAUGUGGACUGCUUCUUCACUACAUUCUCUCGAAACAGAAGCAUCCAUUUAGUCCCACUGAUUGUUCGAAGAAAAGUGAAUUACAAGUUUCAAAUGAAACAGAAGCGAAUAUAAUCAAAGAUGAAAUGAAAGGAUGGGAUGACUCUCUUUCUCCUGAAGCUACUCACCUGGUAAAGCGAAUGCUUGGAAGCAACGAAGGCGACCGGCCAAGUGCAAAAGAAGCCCUAGAGCAUCCUUUAUUCUGGUCGAAUGAGAAAAAGAAUGUUUUUCUAGAAGCUGUUGCUAAUCAGAGAGAAAUCAAGCGCCCUCGUUGGAUAAAUGCGACUUUGACUGAAGUGGAAACAGACUUGGAAGCGAACUUCAAGCCUAUUGUCCCACGACGUACCUGGGCGAUUAAAAAGAAUGAAAACAUGGCUGAGAUAUAUAGCGAGAUGGAAAAAGGAGGAGGGAGAAGCUCUUAUAAUACCAGAUCUGUUGUGGAUUUAAUACGAUUCAUUCGAAAUGUAUACAAACAUUUUGGCGAAAUAAACCUAAAACCUCCAGUGUCAGUUAUGAAUUUGCUGUUCAAAGAUUUCGUAUUUUUAAAAAAUUUUCCUCAUCUUGUGAUAGAGGUUUACAAAGCUGUAACCGCUCAUGGCUGGGACAAGGCAAGAGAUGAUAUCAAAUCGGCCAUGAAUUUUUCAGGAGUGAUAAGUAAUGACUGAAUCUUGCAAGAAAGGAAGAGUCAUCUCUGUGGUAUGUCAUUUAUUUUAAAUCACAUGCAAACUAUCUGAUGAUCAGGAUAGUGGAUUCUGUUCUUCUUCACCAUCGUUGAAUAAAGACGUUCAAAAGCAGAAUUCUGACAUCAAAAACAAGAUAAUUUUGCAAGGAACGUACAGAACUUUACUUGUUAUUAACAUUCUUGAAAUUUUGCAUGGUGAAAUAAUGCAUUAAACAAAUUUAAUGCAUUGAAACAAAUAUACGUGAUGUUCCCCCGCCUCCUCCGCAGGCCCUUUUCGGGCAAAUAUGGUGGGCGGUGAUAUUUUGCGGGUAGAAAUCUGAAAUCGCCCGAAAUUCUCCCAGCGCCUGCGGAGGAGGUAGGGUGUUCCCACCAGUGAACUGCAUGGUUCCCACAAAUUGAUUCAAAUUGAUUAUUAUUUAUUUAAAAGAAUUCACAGUCUGUGAUUGGCUAAUAGCCAUGUGUGAAAUAGAGAUUACUUCAUGGUUAAUGUAACGUACGAUUUUUAUUCACGAGUUGUGGAAUAUCCUAUAAAACGAACGAGCGAGGUACGAGCGAGUGAGUUUUAGCAUAUUCCACAUAUUCCAUGAUGUAAUUUGUUUAUUUUAUAAAUAUAGAGAUUUCUUACUUGAAAAAAACUCGCAAAAUAAAAAUUUUGACUUGGAAGCCAAUCUAGUGCAUGCAUGUCUCGAUGAAAUCAACAACACAAAAUUAAUCAUUCAAAGUGAAAUUCAAAAUCACAAAAUAUUCUAUAAAUGACAAAGCCAAACUCAAUUAUUCUGAACAAUACUAUCAACAUAUAAAAGACUUUGAAUUUGGUCCUGUAACAGCUAGUUAAAUAAAGUUAAUCUACUCAUUGUCAGAGUCGCUGUCCAAAGGUUUCAGUCGCUUCCAAGUUUGUUUCUUCGCUGAAUUUACUGAAAACGUCGGUGACUGGUUGAGAGUAUUUAUGUUUAUGGAAAAAUUGCCGCCUUGAAUGACAGCUCCACUAAAUAGAUCCAUACUUUGCUUUUGAGCAGAUGAGGAGGACGAGCGAGCCGCUGUUUCAGUCAGCGAGGAUGACGAGUUUCCUGCCGCCAAACCGCUCAAUAACUUGGACAUAUGCAUUUGUUGAUUUGUCGACACAGUGCUGUAGUUUUCAAUACUUUUCAAAUUCUUAAGCCUUGGUCAAACGGCCGCAACAUUUUGUUGCAACAUCGUCCAACAAUGUUGGAACAAAAUGUUGCGGUCGUUUGACCACCCUUUUACAGAAUGUUGCAUGAUGUUAGAACAUGUUGCGUUGAGUUUGACUCCAGUCAAAUUUUUACGCAACAUUUUGUCACAACUUCUGGAGUUGCGAUCGUUUGACCACUUGCAAACAACAUUGUUGUCGUUGGGCAUGCGCAUCAGACGUUCUUGGCAUGAAAUUUGAAUACAAGAUGGCGGCCAUAUUGCUCACCUAGGCAACAUAUCCCGGGAAUGGCAACAUAUGCCGGGAUUGGCAACAUGUCAAAGAUGACGAAGGUUGGUACGGUUUGACCAGUCUGGUCGAAUAUGAUGACAACAAGCCGCAACAUGUGCCAACCAUGUUGCAUGAUGUUGUGUGGGUGGAACAUCACUCUCACUGAGUCUGUGGACCAUUGUUUUUCGGCCGCUGUGAUUCCGUAGUCGGCUGUUCUCAAUUCCUGCAUUUGCAGCCAUCCUCUUUACCAAACUAUUAAGUUUGUUCACGCCUACGGCAACUGGUUUAAACCACGCUUUAGUUUCGGCGGAAUCUGUAGCUUUAAAAUUGUUAACUGACAAGUAAAAGGGGGCAUCAUCGUAAUUCAUUUCUUGAGGUCUUUUCUGUGAGAAAAAUUUAUAAACUGCAACAGGAUCUUUUUCGCUUCUAUCGGUUGCAAACAUUUUCGGCGGAACUGUUCGAACAUCACGGUAGUCUGAACCAGUCCUAGUUUUCGUUUGCCUUUCAUUAAACUCGAGAUAUUCUUGUCCUUGGGCUGUUUUGUGAAGCUUCACAUCUCCCCAGCACAUGUCACGAUGUUCCUUGCAACCUCUGAGACCAAAAUGAAGACAGUUGUUUAACCAGAGUGUGUUUAACAAUGCCUCAGGGCUUUCAAUACCGAGUAGUUUCCUCUCGUAUAUUAUUUGUAUUUCCUCAUUUGUCAACGCUACCGAUGCGUUCGGCUUGUUUCCUUCUCCCUGUUUCUUUAGCAUUUUUUGCUUAGACCUGAGGACUUUCAUCGUUUGUUCGAAUACCAAAUCGUUUAUGAUGCUUGAAGGAUAGCUUUUACUUUUUAAGUGCCGUUCAAAGCUCGUUACUAAACUUCGAAGCGACGUUGGCUCGAACUCCUUGCCGUCUUUCUUGCGAACUGACAUAAUAAACUCGGAAAGGUACUUGUUUAGUACCGUUG